GCAAAGUUUAUUUUGAGGGAGUGGGUGGGCGGUGAAAACUGAUUAAAAAAUGAUUUCCUACCUUAUUUUAGCGGUGACUUUUUGUGUGUUAGUGCGUGGAUAUUUGGUGGGUGUGCCACCAGUUUUGUGUAUAGAUAUAUUUAGAAGCGCUUCAAAGAAGCAGCGUUGCAAAAUACUUCCUGUGCACAACGCAGUCCCAGAACGUCCUCCCCUGUCUUCCCCGUGCGAUAACAACACUCUGAGCUCUUCCGUUAAGCAUGUCUCCUCGGGAAGCGUAUGUGCAGAAAAUGGUAAAAGUAUGCAAUGAUUCAGAUCGGUGGAGUCUCAUCUCCUUGUCCAACAACAGUGGCAAAAACGUGGAGCUGAAAUUUGUGGACUCUCUGAGGCGGCAGUUUGAAUUCAGUGUCGAUUCCUUUCAAAUCAAGCUGGACUCCCUGCUGCUCUUUUAUGAGUGCUCAGAGAAUCCAAUGACUGAAACUUUUCACCCGACUAUCAUUGGGGAGAGCGUCUAUGGGGAUUUCCAAGAAGCCUUUGAUCACCUCUGCAACAAGAUAAUCGCCACCAGAAACCCGGAAGAAAUCAGAGGAGGUGGUCUGCUUAAGUACUGCAACCUUUUGGUAAGGGGCUUUAGGGCUGCCUCCGAAUCCGAGAUUAAGUCCCUGCAGAGAUACAUGUGCUCGAGAUUUUUCAUUGACUUCUCAGACAUUGGAGAGCAGCAAAGAAAGCUGGAGUCCUACUUGCAGAACCACUUUGUGGGAUUAGAGGACCGCAAGUAUGACUAUCUCAUGACCCUUCAUGGUGUGGUGAAUGAGAGCACAGUGUGCCUGAUGGGACAUGAGAGGAGACAGACUCUCAAUCUGAUCACCAUGCUGGCCAUCCGCGUCCUAGCCGAGCAAAAUAUCAUCCCCAAUGUGGCCAAUGUCACCUGCUAUUACCAGCCAGCCCCGUACGUAGCAGAUGCCAACUUCAGCAAUUACUACAUUGCCCAGGUUCAGACGGUGUUCCCCUGCCAGCAGCACACCUACUCUACUUGGCUGCCCUGUAAUUAAGGACCACGGUUAGCAGACCUGGUGGGGAGAACGUUUCUUAACAUGUAGGAAGGGGCGAUGCGCCCCUCUGAAAUGGGGUGUUUGUGCAAUGAUGAUCUGCUCUGAUUUGCAAGCUUGGCAAAGGCUUGUGGUUCUUCUAAUAAAUAACGGGAGCAUGAUCUAGAAAGAAUCCCCAGACAAUUGGAUCCUACCCCAGAGCACAAGAGGCCUGUCAUUAAAAGCAAACAGCUUCCCCUGAAAGAAGUGAGGGAGGAAUGCUUGAUGACAAUAUGGGUUGGCAAUACCUGCUCCCAUAGCUUUGGCAUAGAGAAGGUGGGAAAGCCUUAUUUUUUUUUUUUAUUAUUAUUUUUAUUCUUACUUUAGAAUGGGAUCUGCAAAAGGGAGAAUAUGAAAGAAAUAAAAAAA